AUGUACGUCGGGGAGGAGGCGCGAAGAUACGAAGUUCCGGUGAAGAGCCUGGCCAAGCCGUCGGUGCAGGAGUUGUUGACGAGGCGGCGGCGGCGGACGUCGCUGGAUUCGCCCAAGAUAGUGGGUCCCCUGUCCAUUCCCUGCUCGGUCGAGUCCUUCGACCGGUUGGUGUUCCCGGUCGGACCGGUAAUCAACCCAAACGUGGUGAUUCGUAAAUCGUAA